AUGGCGGGCACUUCGACUCCAGGCACUGAGGGGCCUACGUUUGCGCCCCCGAGCCUGCCAGCGGGCUGGAUCGCCCAGUGGGACGGCUCCAGCAGAAAGUAUUACUACGUCCAGCUGGCCACGGGCGUCUCCCAAUGGGACAUUCCCACCGAUCCCGUUCAGACGGGCACGCCGGUUCCAGGCGCCGAGCACCCCUAUGGCUCGCCGGCGCCGCAGGUCAUCACACACCCGGACGGCUCGCAGACCAUCAAACACGCCGAUGGACGCAUGGAGCCCAUCAUGCCAGAUGGCAGGGGUCCUGACGGGCCUGAUGGUGACCGAGGACUUGGGUCAAUGGCUAUGAACAUGCUCAUGGGCGGCAAGGGUUCUGGUGGCCACGGCAGCGGCGGCGGCUCUGGAGGCGGCAAUCCCCUCGGCGGCCUGGCUGCUCAGUUCCUCGGAGGCGGUUCGCAUGGAAGCAGCGGCGGCGGCCACGGCAGCGGCGGUGGUAAGGAUUCCAUCGCGGGAAAGCUGGUGGGACAACUGGCGUCGAACCUGUUCUCGCCUUCCGGCGGUGGAAAGCCUUCGCAGUCGCAGAGCUACCAUGGCGGCUCAUCAGGCGGCGGCUCGCAUCAGCAGGGUGGGCAUCAGCAGGGUGGUCUGGCCGGCGUCGUGGGUGGUGGUUUGUCCUCCCUAUUUGGAGGAGACAAGCCGAGUCACGGUAACCAGAGCUAUGGCUACUCGAAUUCCGGCUCGGGCGGUAAUACAUACUCUGGACAGGCACCCACUUACAACCCUCCCGGAUCUACUCACGGCGCAACGCCAUCGUCGUCACAUACGGGCACACACCAAAGCCCCCCCUCUGGCAAUCACCAAAACUCCUUCCCUCCACCGCCUUCAGGAGCACCACCGGGCGGCCAGACUUACGGGCAUCAGUCAUAUGGCAGCCAAUCCUACUCGCAUAGCCCGGCGCCUGCUCCCAGCCCGUAUGGCGGAUCGCACGACCAGCAUGGCGCACAACACGGGGCCGGUGGCUAUACCCCCCAGCAGCCAAGCUAUGGCUCUCCUUCUCACCAGCAAGGCUACGGAGCUCCCUCACCUGGCGGACACCAACCGAGCUAUGGCGCACCGGGAGGACAGCAUCAGCCUGGAUAUGGCGCUCCUCAGGGAGGACAGCACCAGCAAAACUACGGUGCAACGACGCCGGGUGGUCAUCCGCAAUACCCUCCUCCUCCAGGCCAACAGCAGCAGUACCCCCCGCCUCCCGGACAUCAACAGUCGUUCCCUCCGCCGCCCGGACAGCACCAGCAAUACCCUCCUCCGCCAAGCGGACCACCCGGCGGCUACAACCCGUCGUAUGGUACCCCGGGCGGCCAGCAACCCUAUGGUCAGCAGCCCUACCAGCCAGGCCCUCCUCCCGUGCCCCAUGGUAGCCACCCAAGCCAAGGAGGAUAUGGUGGUGGCUACUAA